AUGUCAAUUACAGAGAAAGUCAACUUGACUACUGGAUCCGGUUGGGGAUCGGGCCCAUGUGUGGGCAAUACUGGCUCUGUUCCUCGACUUGGUAUCCCAGCAUUGUGUCUUCAGGAUGGACCCAAUGGAGUGAGGUUCACUGAUUUCGUAACACACUUUCCUUCCGGUUUGGCAGCAGCAAGCAGUUUCAACAAAGAGUUGAUUUAUAAAAGAGGUAAGGCUAUCGGAAGAGAACACAAGGCAAAGGGUGUUCACAUCGCUUUAGGCCCUUCCAUAGGACCUAUGGGUCUCAAGGCUAAAGGAGGCAGGAAUUGGGAAAGCUUCGGCUCAGAUCCUUACCUUCAAGGAGUUUUGGGAGCGGCAACAGUGAAAGGUAUUCAAGAGGAAGGAGUUGUAGCUGUUGCAAAGCAUCUAGUGGGUAACGAGCAGGAGCAUUUCCGUCAGGUAGGUGAGUGGGACCAUGGAGACUAUGACCGACUCGAUCUGUCGAUCAGCGCCAAUAUUGGUGAUCGUGCCAUGCAUGAAGUUUACUUGUGGCCCUUUGCAGAUGUGGUGAAAGCAGGUGUUGGUGGAGUAAUGUGUGGCUACAAUAUGGUGAACAACACCUAUGCCUGUGAGAACUCGUAUCUUCUUAACUAUCUACUUAAGGAAGAGUUGGGUUUUCAGGGCUUUGUCGUAUCCGAUUGGGGUGCCCAACACUCUGGUGUUACUUCUGCCCUCUCUGGUCUUGAUAUGACCAUGCCAGGUGAGGUUUUCGAUGACUGGCUUGGUGGUAAAGCAUAUUGGGGACCAUUACUCACCAGGGCAAUCUACAAUCAGACCAUCCCCCAGGAGAGAUUAAACGACAUGGCUUCCAGAAUACUUGCCCCAUUCUUUGCAAUGAAAUCAAUUCAGCUUCCUUCCGAAGAGGAAAUUCCCAACUUCAGCUCGUGGACGCACCAUACGUAUGGCCAACAGUUCCCAUACCAGCACUACGGAGCCAUUGUGCAGCAAAACUGGCAUGUUGACGCCAGAUCUGAAAUAAAUGAUGAAAUUGGCUUGGAGUUGGCUCGCCAGGCAGUCGUCCUUCUCAAGAACAAGAACCGCCAUCUUCCUAUCAACAAGGACGAUGGAGUGAGAAGGCUAUUGGUGGCGGGCUUGGCUGGAGGAAAUGACCCCAAUGGAUUCAAUUGCAGAGACCAGAAGUGCACUGAUGGAACACUCACGUCAGGUUGGGGGUCUGCCGCUGUUAAUAAUCCAUGGGUUAUCACAGCGCAAGAGGCUAUUUCCAAGAAGGCUCGUGAAAGAGGUAUAACUCUUGAUAUCUCCGAGGACAACUGGGAUCUCGAACGAACAGAGGAAUUAGCAGAUUUUGCAGAUAUGACUAUUGUUGUGGUUAAUUCGGCAUCAGGCGAGGGCUAUAUCGAUGUGGAUUGCAACUACGGUGAUCGGAAUAAUGUCACUCUCUGGCAUAAUGGCGACGAAUUGAUCGAGCGAGUGACGUGCCACUGCAAGCGGGUUGUCGUUGUUGUUAAUGCAGUUGGACCUGUGAACAUGGAAAAGUGGAUCGAACAUGACCAUGUUGUUGCUGUGCUCUUUGUUCCACCAACUGGUCAGUUUGUCGGAGCUGCAAUUGCAGAGGUCCUCUUUGGAGAGGUGAACCCUUCUGGAAAGCUUCCCUUUACCAUCGCCAGGAAGAAUCUGCACUAUGUUGAUAUCAGGGAUAGCUUGGGCGAUUGCGUUGACCCACAAGACAAUUUCGAGAGAGGUGUCUACCUCGACUACAGAUUCUUCGAGAAACACACCAUCAGGCCCAGGUUUGAGUUUGGCCACGGCUUGUCGUACACAAAAUUUCUGGUGAGUGAUCUUGAUAUCUGUGAAAUUAACCCACCAGCAGAGUACCUCCCCUGUCCCCCUGACUACUUGCCUCUUUCGAAGACCAUCCAGGAUGAUGUCUGUGACCCUGAGGAUGCCCUUUUCCCUCAUGACGAAAUGGACCCCGUGCCAGGUGUAAUUUACCCUUAUUUGUACAGCGAAAACAUCAGAUCACUUGAGGAUGACGACUGUUACGACUAUCCAAAGGGCUACGAUCCAGAUCAGAAAUGCGAGGCACCUUUGGCUGGAGGUGCGUCUGGAGGAAAUAGCGCACUAUGGGAAACCCUUUACAAGGUUUCUGCCAAAGUCACGAAUGAAGGAUCAAUGGCAGGAAACUACGUUGCUCAACUCUACAUUGAAUUUCCCAGCACCAUCGUGGCAUCACCACCCAAGGUGCUCAGAGGCUUUGAUAAGAUCUUUUUGCAGCCAAACGAGUGUGGAGAUGUGGAGUUUGAUGUGAAGCAUCGUGACUUGAGUAUCUGGGAUGCCGAUUCACAGCAGUGGAUCAUCCAAACAGGCACAUACAAGUUGUACGUGAGCACACUGAGCAGGAAAGUGGAGCUCUGUGGAGAAAUAGAGAUCGGCUGCUAA